AUGCCCUCGCAGAAGGCCAUGCUGUCUUCGGCCCUGGCCAAGGCGAGCACGGCGGUUCAACUCGACAACGCCCAGUAUCACAGCGGCGCGCGGAAGUACUACGCAGAAGCAUGCGAACUCUUACAACAAAUCAUCGCGAGAGCUAGCAACGAGGAAGACAGGAAGAAGCUCGACGGAAUACGAGUGAGAUACAUACUUCGGAUACGACAAUUGGAUGCAUUAUUACCGGAGGAGCCGUGA